AUGGUUCUGGACUUGGCCAGGCGCACGGCGAGUUUUGCCUUGCCCCACAUGGAGCUGGAGGAGGGGUUCCUGGGACGCCGCUCUCGGAGCAAAGUCGCCUUCCUUGCAGCCGACGUUGAGGAGCCCUUACGAGGCUGUAUUCGCACCAUGACGCAGCUGGCAGAUGCAGUGGCGCCCCGUCUGGGCCAGGAGCUAGGCUUCGAGGCUUUGCCACAGCUGCAGCAGCUCCUGCUGCGGGAGCCCCUGGCUCGUGGUGAGCGGAACACAUUGAGCCCUGGACCUCUCUCUGAGGAGGAGGUGGAGCGGGGUUUGGUGGAGCAGUACUUGGGCUUCCUGCAGACGCGCCGACUCUGUAUCAUGUACGUCCUGGAGGCGGAGAAGGGCUGCUUGGAGUUGUACCCCCAGGGUGCCAAAGCGCCGCUUAAGGUGCCAGUGGCAGCUGAUACCCUCGUCCUUUUCCGCAGCGACGAGCUGUCCUAUGCGUAUGUCCAGUCCGGUCGCGAUGCUGCGCUGCAAGGUUGGGUCCUGUCCGCGCAGGACCAGGUGGCGCUCCAGGGCCUUGACGGCGACUUCGAAGGCAUGCAGGAUCUUUACGGAGGGCCACGGAUCCAAGGUCAGAUCAUGCCGGCUGCAGACCAGGUCAACAUCAUGACUGCUGCAUGCAAGCUGCCUGCGAGCGCGGACAACCUCGACCAGAACUACAUAAUGUACAGUGCGCAGACAGACACGUUCAUCGAGAUUCCCCAAAUGCGAUGGGAUGUCAAUGAAUACUAUGCGCCGAAUCCAGAAGAGAGCCUGGUCCCAAAGUCGUACACGAAGCACUGCGGGCUCUUAGCGGACGCCGAGAUCUUAGGGUUUGACAAUGACUUCUUCGGUAUCCCGGAGAAGCAUGCCUCGUCCUACCCUCCCUGCAUCCGCCUUUGCCUCGAGAAAUGCUUCGAGUCCUUGCAGCACCAGGGCUACACGAAGGAAUCUUUGCAAGGCCAAAACCUGCCUCUCUACCUCGCCGACAUUGGCCACGAAUUUGACCCCUACUUCAGGUUCAUGGAGGAUGCGGACACCUGGGCCAACGCCAGGCAAUUGGCCAUGCCAUCGGCAGGACUAAUCGCGUACCAUCUCAAUCUGACGGGGCCGGCCAUGAGUGUCGACACCGCCUGCUCCUCGUCCUUGGUGGGCUCCAACCUGCUCUUCAAUUACUUGCGCAAGCGAAAGGACCCGGCAGUGAAGGAGGCCAUCACCGCCUCCAUGAUGACCUGCCUGUCGCCACUGACCUUUGUUGGCUUGAGCGGCGCGGGAAUGCUGGGACGGACUGGUCGCUGCAAAUCCUUCGACAACACUGCCAACGGCUACGCACGGGGCGAGGCCAUCAGCUCCAUGGUCUUCAAGGUUGCUGAUGAUGCCAAGGAUGUGGAAGAUCGGCUGGGCGUCUUCGUCACUGGCUUUGUGAACCAGGACGGGCGCAGUGCAAGCCUCACAGCUCCGAACGGCCCAUCCCAGCAGCUGUGCGUGAAAUCCUCGCUGCGCCUGGGAGGCUUGCUUCCAGGAGAAAUCGCCUGCACGGAGAACCAUGGCACCGGUACAGCCUUGGGCGAUCCGAUUGAGGUCGGCUCUGUGCGGGCGGUCUUUUGGCGGGGCCGUGAUGUCCCAGUCGUGGUGACCACUGGCAAGUCCCAUCAGGGUCACUCCGAGGCGUCCGCGGGCAACUGCGGGAUCAUGAAGGUCGUCAACACCAUCCGCCACUGGACAGCUCCGGCGCAGUGCCACCUCGGGAUGCUGAAUGCGCACAUCGACGAUGCCGGAUUCCCCGGGGUUUUUCCAGUGGAGUGCUGCAACCUGAACGGGGACGAGCGUGGAAUCAUAGGCGGGCUGAACUCCUUCGGCUUCGGUGGCACCAACUCGCGUGGCGAGAUCUGGGCCAUGAGCCGCUCCGUUGUACGAAGACGAGCGGACCAGGCGCUUGGCAGCGUACGGAAACAGGAGGCCAAAGCGCAGCAGAUUGCUGUCACGAUUCCGUGCGCCGUGUGCCAAACACCCAUGUGCUUCCUUUGCGGCUGUGUGCUGCAAGGUUCCGGGACACAUCGCUGUGCAGACAUCCGUGAGAAUGUGGCCUCCUAUGAUACCUGCAGCAACUGCUACACCGGUACCUUCCACUAUCAAGGCCCGUGGGUGCAACGCUUGUGCGCCAAGCUUGACGUAAACAAGGAGCCCUGGCAUGAGAGGCCUCGUCGCUCUUCCGCCGUCUUCCGCUACUUUGAUGUACCGCAGGUGCACAUCAUGAGCCUGCAAGGAGGCGCCAUAUGCCGCAGCUCUGCCGGUACUUUGCACAGGGCCGCUGUGCCUUCGGCAAUGCCUGCAAUAUGUCGCACGGAGACACCAACGGUCAAGCAGGCUACAAGGUCUAGUGGCAAGGGCUCUGCCAACGGAGCUAACGGGCAGGCUGCUCACGCGGCAGGUGCGACCGUUUGCCGCCACUUUCUGCAGGGACGCUGCGCCUUCGGUGACGCGUGUCGCAACCUCCACACGUCUGCCCCUUCCGCGCCUUCCGUCCCGCGGACUCCGGGAACGGCGCCGGGAACGGCGCCGGGAACGGCUCCGAGAACGGCUCCAACGGCUCCAACGGCUCCAUCGGCUCCAAUGGCUCGGGCUCCAGCGGCCCCGGGAAGGGCUGAGAGGCCUCGGCCCAGGCCCGAAGAGUCCUGCGACUGCGGCAUUUGCUUCGAGAAUGUCAAGAAAAGGGGCGAGCGCUUUGGAAUGCUAGAAAGCUGUGACCACGCGUUUUGCCUUAGCUGCAUCCGCGGCUGGCGGCGGGAGCGCGAGCAGCAGGACAAGCAGAACCUGCGGCUUUGUCCAGUGUGCCGCAAUGAAUCCUUUUACGUCAUACCCACGGACUCCAUCAUCCUCGAUCCUGAGGAGAAGCGACAGGUGAUCGAUCAGUACAAGCAGGAGAUGGGCCGCAUCCCUUGCAAGCUCUUCGACUACGGACGAGGCAGCUGUCCCUUUGGCACCAGCUGCUUCUACGCGCACCUCAACCCGGACGGCACACGAUUCAUCCCGCCACCGCUGAAGUGGAUGAGAGGAGCUGAGGGCAGCGAGGUGAAGUCGGAAGUGAAGCUCUCCGACUUCUUCGACUGA